AUGUUCCCUUCAAUCUACUCUUCAUCUGUUUGUUUCCUCCUUACAUUUCCUUAUUCUACUCUACUACUUUCACUUUACCCUCUUCACAUGUUCCCUUCACCUUACUCCCUUCAUGUUCCCUUCACCCUUCAUUUCACUUCCUCCCUUUACCCUCUCUAUUUUUCCCGCUCAAGAAUAACACACGUAAAAAAUAUAAACUUUUAAUAGUUUUUGGCGCAAAGCUUUACUCCAUUUAUUUAUUUAUACACACUCUAUAACCUCUCAUUUUUCAAUCCUCCACGUCGCCGUCUAGACCAUCCCCCCUUCCUUUCACAUUUUUAUUUUUUCGUCUCCAACGCCCUUUAUUUUUUUACUAUUUUUACGAAAAAUGCUCUUAGCAGACGCUUGCCGGGGAUUUUUUUAUUUCCUUUUUUUGUUGUUUUUGCUUUUUUAACUCAAAACAACACAACUCUUUUCUGCUUAAUAACGUGUGCAAGAGUUCAUCCAAAUGAAAAAAAAUUUUUUUUCUUGACAGACCCAACUUUUUUUUUCUUUAUUUUUCACUUUUUGUUUACCUCCUACUUAAAUUCCUUCCUCCUUUUU